CGCUGGCGUGGUGACGUAGAGACGGGAUUGCGUGAUAUCCUUCCGCGGGAGAGCAACGCGCGGCCUUUUGCACCGGAGCGUCACCGUGAAGCGCGUACCGGGCUGCGGAGCCUGUGGCACCGAGCGAACCGAGACAAGAGCCCCGUGAAACCCCCGAGACCCGCCCGACACAAGCCCGACACAAGCCGAGUCCGCACCGCACGCACCGGACACAAUCUGCUCGUCUGAACCGCCCCGACCCGCCUCGAGGACCGACACCCGGCAGCAGCACCUCCCUCCCGAGAGAACCGCAGCGGCCGCAAUGGAGCUCAUCACGAUCCUGGAGAAAACGGUCUCCCCCGACCGAAAUGAACUGGAGGCGGCACAAAAGUUUCUGGAGCAGGCGGCCAUGGAAAACUUGCCCCUGUUCCUGGUGGAGCUAUCCAAGGUGCUGGCUAACCCGGGGAACACUCAGGUGGCCCGUGUGGCUGCUGGGCUCCAGAUAAAAAACUCUGUGACGUCCAAAGACCCGGAGCUCAAAGCCCAGUAUCAGCAGAGGUGGCUCGCCAUCGACGUCAACGCACGCAAAGAGAUCAGGAAAUACGUGCUGCAGACUCUGGGCACAGAGAACUAUCGCCCGAGCUCGGCCUCUCAGUGUGUGGCUGGGAUCGCAUGUGCUGAGAUCCCAGUGAACCAGUGGCCCGACCUCAUCCAGGAGCUGAUGAAGAACAUGACCAACCCCCAGUCCACCGAGCACAUGAGGGAGAGCACUCUGGAGGCCAUAGGGUACAUCUGCCAGGACAUAGACCCGGAGCACCUGCAGGAGAAGGCCAAUCUGAUCCUCACCGCCAUCAUCCAGGGCAUGAGGAAGGAGGAGCCUAGCAACAAUGUCAAGCUAGCAGCAACCAAUGCUCUGCUCAACUCUCUGGAGUUUACCAAAGCCAACUUCGACAAAGAGUCGGAGCGUCAUUUCAUCAUGCAGGUGGUGUGUGAGGCCACUCAGUGUCCAGACACCAGGGUGCGAGUGGCGGCGCUGCAGAACCUGGUGAAGAUCAUGUCUCUGUAUUAUCAGUACAUGGAGACCUACAUGGGCCCUGCUCUGUUCGCUAUCACUAUUGAAGCGAUGAAGAGUGACAUCGAUGAGGUCGCUCUUCAGGGGAUCGAGUUUUGGUCCAACGUCUGUGAUGAAGAGAUGGACUUGGCCAUUGAGGCAUCUGAGGCCUCGGAGCAAGGGCGCCCCCCCGAGCACACCAGUAAGUUCUAUGCCAAAGGAGCACUGCAGUACCUGGUCCCCAUCCUCACCCAGACGCUCACCAAACAGGAUGAGAAUGAUGACGAUGACGACUGGAACCCGUGUAAAGCGGCCGGCGUGUGCCUCAUGCUGCUGGCCACCUGCUGUGAGGACGACGUGGUUCCUCAUGUUCUGCCCUUCAUCAAAGAGAACAUCAAACACUUAGACUGGAGGUACCGUGACGCCUCAGUCAUGGCCUUUGGAUCUAUACUGGAGGGUCCAGAGCUCAACCAUCUGAAGCCCAUCAUCAUACAGGGCAUGCCCACUAUGAUCGAGCUGAUGAAGGACCCCUCCGUGGUGGUCAGGGACACUACGGCCUGGACAGUGGGCAGGAUUUGUGAGCUGAUGCCGGAGGCCGCCAUAAACGACCUGUACCUGGCUCCUCUGCUGCAGUGUCUGAUCGACGGGCUUAGUGCAGAGCCACGAGUGGCCUCCAACGUCUGCUGGGCAUUCUCGUCUCUAGCUGAAGCGGCCUACGAGGCCACAGAAGCCGCCGAGGAGCAGGAGGAGCCGGCUACUUACUGUCUCUCCUCCACGUUUGAGCUCAUCGUGGAAAAGCUACUGGAGACCACGGACCGACCGGAUGGGCAUCAGAACAACCUUCGUUCGGCGGCGUAUGAGGCUCUGAUGGAGAUUGUGAAGAACAGCGCUAAAGACUGUUACCCUGCAGUUCAGAAAAUCACUCUGGUCAUAAUGGAGCGGCUCAGACAUGUGCUGCAGAUGGAGUCUCACAUCCAGAGCACGUCCGACCGGAUGCAGUACAACGACCUCCAGUCCCUCCUCUGUGCCACGCUCCAGAAUGUCCUUCGUAAAGUGCAACACCAGGAUGCCCUGCACAUCUCUGAUGUCGUCAUGGAGUCUCUGCUUAGAAUGUUCCAGAGUACAGCGGGCUCUGGGGGGGUGCAGGAGGACGCGCUGAUGGCUGUGUCCACGCUGGUCGAAGUUUUGGGAGCAGAUUUUCAAAAGUACAUGGACGCCUUCGAACCGUUCCUUGUGAUAGGACUCAAAAACUAUGCUGAGUAUCAGGUUUGCCUGGCGGCUGUGGGUCUGGUGUGUGAUCUGUGCAGAGCUCUCAUGUCCAAUAUUCUGCCGUACUGUGACAAGAUCAUGAACCUGCUCCUGGAGAACCUCAGGAACCAGGACGUGCACCGGUCUGUGAAGCCUCAGAUCCUAUCAGUCUUUGGGGACAUCGCUCUGGCCAUUGGAGGAGAGUUCAAGAAGUACCUGGCCGUGGUGCUGGACACGCUGGACCAGGCCUCGCAGGCGCAGGUCGACAAGACGGACUACGACAUGGUGGACUACCUGAACGAGCUGAGGGAGGGCUGCCUUGAAGCAUACACCGGGAUCAUCCAAGGCCUGAAGGGCGACCAGGAGAACGUCAUCCACCCUGAUGUGAUGCUGAUGCACCCUCGCAUGCCCUUCAUUCUCUCCUUCAUCGAUCACAUUGCGAUGGACGAGGAUCAUUCAGACGGAGUCGUGGCCAACUCAGCCGGACUCAUCGGAGACAUGUGCGUAGCGUUUGGGAAGGACGUGGGGAAGUUGGUGGAUGAUCUUCCGAGAAUUAACGAACUUCUGACAGAAGGACGACGCUCCAAAACCCAGAAGACAAAGACUCUGGCGGGAUGGGCUACCAAGGAGCUGCGCAAGCUCAAGACACAGGCCUGAUCAGGGGGUGGAGCUUGUGGACAGCGGUGUUUUCCUAUUGGUUCCUCUAGGGCCGCGUGCCCCCCUGCGCGGCCUCUGAUUGGUGGAGCCGAGCAGCAGCGUGUGUGUGUGUGUGAGAGCGACUGACGACGGAUGAUGACAUCACACCACCUUCGGUUUCCGCAGCGACGACCCCUGACCCCGCCGCAUGACCUCGACAUUUGAGACGAAGGAAAUAAGACUGUGGACGUUUCCGCGGCACCGGAGCUUCUUUAGUUUGGUCAGAGCGCGGCGGCGAGCGUGGCGCCCGUGCCAAACGCUGCUCGCUGUCGGCCAUGUUAAUAAAUAAUAAGAGUUUGUACCAGGUUCUAUUUUUCCAUGUGUGAUGAAAAUAAAAAACGUAACAUUCCCAACCGCAGUGUCGUGUCUCCGACUCAGGACCCCAACAGGACAACCCCGUCACCAUGGCAACGCCAAGCAACAGCCAAUCAGGAUUACUGCGUCAGAUGCCCUCCUGUCCUCCUGUAUCCCUGUAGUGUUAGACUGAGCCAGGCGGGAGAACGGACCUCGUUUCUGAACUCGACUCUGAAAAAGUCCCACAGCGUUGUUUACGUCUCGGAGCCCGUCGCCGUGGAGACAGAUGCCGGUUUUGCCUUAUUUUACAGUUUUGGAACGACUGUAAACGUUUAACUAUCACUGCAGUCAUCUUACUGUUUCACGCUUUUCUCUGACCUAAAAAAACUGAGGAAAAACCACCAGACUCUGCACCUCUUUCUCCUCCUCCUGCUCCUCUCCCUCUCCUCCUGGUCCUCUUCUCCUCUUAUUCUUCCCUUUAUUCAGACUGUAUUUUCUGCUUUAAACUUUGUUUUCAGACUUUUUGCUGUUUUCCAAAUGUCUGGAAUCUCUUUGAAACUCAAGCUGGGCAACGUGACAAAAAUCAAACUGUGGUCUGAUUUUUUUUGGUGACAUCACUUUGUGCCCGUCCCCUCAUCCUAUUGGCCAGGCUCUGAGUGAGUGACCGGUGGGUUUAACCAAUCACAGUGAAGGCUGCACUCAGAAGAAUCACAUUUAAAUCACUCUUUAGUUCAAACUUAAAAGGGCAAACUGUCACAAAGUGAUUCUUUUGUCAUGUCGCUCAGAUCUGAUCAAAACCUGGUUCUGUUCUUUGGUUCUGACCCAAAUCUUCCCAACAGUUUCUUGGUUAAUUUAACAGUUCUGUACAAAUGACGCUACUAUUAGACCCCGGUGUAGACCCUGGGCUGUAGGACUAAUCAAAUGGUAAAAAUAUUACUAUGAUGAAAUCCUCAAGUCUUUGUAGUUCCUGUCCUCUGUGUGUCAGAUGCCCUCCCUUUGUCUCCAUGGGGUCUUGUACAGUGUAAAAGCUGCUGUAGUUUAGACUCUACAAACAUGUUCUGACUUUAAACUAAUCCUAGAAUCCCCUUAAUUGCAGAUUUCAGUGGCUCUCAUGUGAAUGCUCCAGGUUCAUAACCGGAUUUGGGCCGGGUUUGGACCAGACGUGGUCCUAAAAACUUAAACUUUAACACUUAACCUUUAGUCCCUUUUUUCACUCCUCCUGCCCUUCAGUGAGGAGGUUGUGAGUUCAACUCCUGAUCCCUCUGGAGUGUGCAUGUCCUCCCUGUGUGGCAGAGUGGUUGUGCUCCCUGUCACGAGGAGGAUGUGGGUUCAUCUUUUGUUGUGGCCUUUGUUAAAACAAACCUUUGACUUUUCUUGGUUGAAUUUGGUUUAAAACUUGCCUUAAUUUGAGAAGCUUCAGCAAUAAACGACCGAAAUGUAUCAUUUCAUAUCAUCACGUCUGUCCCACAUCCCUCCACCUGCCUCCUCUCUUCCUGUCGCCCCUCCACAGACCUGCCUUCUCUUGCACCCUCUUCUAUCUCUUCUCCACCUCCACCCCAUCCUCCUCUCUCCUCUACCCUCCCCUCUCUCCUCUAUCUCCUCCUGUUCUUUGAUUUUCCUGCAUUUAGUUUCAUCUUUAAACAACUGAAAUAUUUAAAGCUCCCAUGUUCUGCUCAUGUCCUGAUGUCUGUUUGAGAAUCACUUUUUAGAUCAAAACUGAACAGUCCACUGACACGAUUCUUACAUUUAUUUUCUCAAAACUGUAGUACUGACUCAACCACUACUCCAUAUAAUCUGUCACCAAAGGACCAGGACUAGAGCAGAUGCCCUCCCUGUGUGCCAGAUGCCCUCCCUGUGUCUCCAUGGGGUCCUAUUCUGCAUAAAAAUGGCUAAUGUCCUUUCUGUACAAACAUGAUCUGAAAUGUGAUUCUUGUGUGAAACACUGGUUUAUUCUGGGACCAGUCAGACUCUCAGAUGGAGUUUUCUGUGCAACUGUCAGACUGCAGAUGUGUUGACCUUUGACCUGAUUUAUGGUUAAUAUCAUAAUCUCUCUGAAUCGACACAAAACAAAAACUGGCCCAAGGUUCAGAGUCUUGUCAGUCUAAAACAAAAGUCAAAUGAUUUUUUUUUUUCCUCAUAUCUUCAUAAAGAGGAGCCAUUUCUCAAGCCCAAAGAUGUGCUCGUCAUCAGAACUUUAAGCCAUAAGAUUAAUAUGACGAGUUCAUGGAGCCGAUUCCAAACUAUUAAUGAGAGGUUCAACAUUUGUGGAGCAGAAGUUUGGACUGUUUUUUUUUUUUUUUUUAAAUAGUUAAAUAGGCCCCGCCCUCUGUCUGAAACUGACAUCAUCACAUCCAGAAUCUGGGAGCUUUAUUUGUUCAUAAUUAAACUUUUUGCUGGGGCUUUGCACCACAUGUGUCAGAGGCUGGAGUUUGUGUUUGAACUGCAUUUCCCAGAAUCCCUUCAGCCCUGGACUUCCUGAGUGUUGGGUUCCCUUGUUGUUCUGUGGUGGUUCUGUUGCCGCGGUGACGGGCCCCUUCUCUCCUCCCGUGCUUCACCAAUCGCUGGUCGUCUCUUCUUUGUGGGGUUGUGCGCGGAGCUGCGGCCAAUCAGAGCGCAGAGGCUGGAUUUGAAUUUUCGGACUCAAAAAAUGUGACGAGUUUAAAUCUGCUUUUGUUUCAUAUUUAGCAAAAACUAAUAAACGUCUAUAUUGUA